GCAGAGUGCCAGCUGGGGCCCCGCGUUGGAUUCCACUUAGUUUUUGGAAGGUUUGACUGCAUGGUGCCAUAAGUCUCUGGGAACACACACUUAACACACCACCUGACUGAAAGCCUGGUCUCCGGCAUCCCUUCACUUCUCACCCAAGCUCCUGCAUGUCUAAUAUUUAGACAUGUUCAGCUUUGUGGACUCAAGGACUGUUCUGCUACUUGUAGCAUCCCAAGUUGUUUUACUAUCCGUUGUCAGAUGUCAAGAAGAGGAUGAUCAAGAGGCAGGUGGCUGCAUCCAGGACGGCCAGGAGUAUAAUGAUAAGGAUGUGUGGAAGCCAGAGCCAUGCCGUAUCUGUGUGUGUGACAGCGGAGCGGUUCUGUGUGAUGAGAUAAUCUGCGAGGAGAUCAAAGAGUGUGCCAACCCUAUCAUCCCAUCUGGAGAGUGCUGUCCCAUCUGCCCCGCUGAUGCCAGUAUCCCCAUUGAGACAAUUGGUGCUAAGGGCCAGAAAGGAGAACCAGGAGAGAUUGCAGAUGUUGUAGGGCCUAGAGGACCAGCAGGCCCUAUGGGCCCCCCAGGUGAGCAGGGACCACGUGGAGAAGCUGGCGCAAAGGGUGAUAAGGGAAAUUCUGGACCUCGUGGGAGAGAUGGUGAACCUGGCAUCCCUGGCAACACCGGACCCCCUGGUCCACCUGGACCACCUGGACCACCAGGGCUCGGAGGGAACUUUGCUGCCCAGAUGGCUGGAGGUUUUGAUGAGAAGGCAGGAGGUGCUCAAAUGGGUGUGAUGCAGGGACCAAUGGGUCCUAUGGGUCCCCGUGGUCCUCCUGGACCUACUGGAGCUCCCGGGCCACAAGGUUUCCAAGGUGGACCUGGAGAGGCAGGAGAGCCUGGUCCAGCUGGGCCAAUGGGACCCCGUGGACCACCUGGACCUUCUGGAAAACCAGGAAGUGAUGGUGAAGCUGGCAAACCUGGCAAACCUGGUGAGCGUGGACCUGCAGGACCUCAGGGAGCUCGUGGAUUCCCUGGAACUCCUGGACUUCCUGGAAUCAAAGGACACAGAGGUCAUCCUGGUCUGGAUGGAGCUAAGGGAGAGACUGGUGCUGCUGGGGCAAAGGGCGAGGCAGGUGCUGCUGGAGAAAAUGGUGCCCCUGGACCCAUGGGUCCACGUGGUCUGCCUGGUGAGAGAGGACGUCCUGGAGCUGCUGGAGCUGCAGGUGCCCGUGGAAAUGAUGGCCUGCCUGGUCCUGCUGGUCCACCUGGGCCAGUUGGUCCUGCUGGAGCUCCAGGUUUCCCAGGAUCUCCAGGAGCCAAGGGAGAAGCUGGCCCAACUGGUGCCAGAGGAGCUGAAGGACAACAGGGACCGCGUGGAGAAGCUGGCACUCCAGGAUCUCCUGGACCUGCUGGAGCAUCGGGUAACCCCGGUACUGAUGGUAUUCCUGGAGCCAAAGGAUCUGCUGGUGCCCCUGGUAUUGCUGGUGCUCCUGGAUUCCCUGGCCCUCGUGGCCCACCUGGACCACAGGGAGCUACUGGACCUCUGGGGCCCAAAGGACAGUCUGGAGACCCUGGUCUUCCCGGAUUCAAAGGUGAAGCUGGACCAAAGGGAGAGCUUGGUCCUGCUGGUCCUCAAGGUGCCCCUGGCCCUGCUGGAGAGGAAGGAAAGAGGGGUGCAAGAGGAGAACCCGGAGCUGCUGGACCUCUUGGACCACCCGGAGAGAGAGGGGCUCCUGGUAACCGUGGUUUCCCUGGUCAAGAUGGUCUGGCUGGUGCUAAAGGUGCUCCUGGUGACCGUGGUGUCCCAGGCGCUGCUGGGCCUAAAGGUGGUACUGGAGACCCUGGACGCACAGGAGAGCCUGGACUCCCUGGAGCCAGAGGUCUCACUGGUCGUCCUGGAGAUGCUGGUCCUCAAGGCAAAGUUGGACCCACUGGUGCUGCUGGUGAGGAUGGUCGCCCCGGCCCACCUGGUCCUCAGGGAGCACGUGGACAGCCUGGAGUGAUGGGAUUCCCUGGACCAAAGGGAGCCAAUGGUGAACCUGGAAAAGCUGGAGAGAAGGGACUUGUUGGCCGUCCUGGUCUGAGAGGUCUAUCUGGAAAAGAUGGUGAGACCGGUGCUGCUGGACCUCCUGGCCCUGCUGGACCUGCUGGAGAGAGAGGAGAGCAAGGACAGCCUGGACCUUCUGGCUUCCAGGGUCUGCCUGGACCAUCUGGGGCCCCAGGAGAGGCUGGAAAACCUGGAGACCAGGGUGUUCCUGGAGAGGGCGGGGCUCCUGGUGCUGUUGGACCCAGAGGUGAGCGUGGUUUCCCUGGUGAGAGAGGUGGCGCUGGACCACAGGGUCUUCAGGGCCCCCGUGGACUUCCUGGAACACCUGGAAGUGAUGGACCCAAGGGAGCAAUUGGACCAGCUGGCACUGCAGGACCCCAGGGACCCCCAGGCCUGCAGGGUAUGCCUGGAGAAAGAGGAGCUGGUGGUAUCCCAGGACCCAAGGGAGACAGAGGUGAUAAUGGAGCAAAGGGACCUGAGGGCGCAUCUGGAAAGGAUGGUUCUAGGGGUUUGACUGGUCCUAUUGGUCCACCUGGCCCAUCUGGACCUAACGGUGCCAAGGGUGAGACUGGACCAACUGGCCCCUCCGGUGCUCCAGGUGUUCGUGGUGCUCCUGGUGACCGUGGUGAGCUUGGUCCUCCUGGGCCUGCUGGCUUUGCUGGACCUCCUGGUGCAGAUGGUCAGCCUGGUGCCAAAGGAGAGCUUGGUGAGACCGGACAGAAGGGAGAAUCUGGUUCUCCUGGACCUCAGGGACCAUCUGGAGCUCCUGGACCUGUGGGACCUACUGGUGUAUCUGGACCUAAAGGAGCACGUGGUGCUCAGGGAGCUCCUGGUGCCACAGGUUUCCCUGGUGCUGCAGGCAGAGUUGGAUCUCCUGGUCCCAAUGGUAACCCUGGCUCUGCUGGUCCUGCUGGCCCUGCUGGUAAAGAUGGACCAAAGGGUACCCGUGGUGAUGGUGGACCCCCAGGAAGACAGGGCGAUGCUGGGCUGCGGGGACCUGCUGGCCCUCAAGGAGAGAAGGGAGAAGCUGGAGAGGAUGGCCCUCCUGGUUCUGAUGGGCCUUCAGGUCCUCAGGGUCUGGCUGGAUCCCGUGGUAUUGUUGGUUUGCCUGGUCAGCGUGGUGAGAGAGGCUUCCCUGGUCUCCCUGGACCUUCUGGAGAGCCUGGCAAACAGGGAGCUUCUGGUGGUGCUGGUGACCGUGGGCCUCCUGGACCUGUUGGGCCACCUGGACUUACUGGACCUUCUGGAGAGCCUGGUAGAGAGGGUACCCCUGGAGCAGAUGGACCCCCUGGUAGGGAUGGAGCUGUUGGAGUUAAGGGAGAGCGAGGCAACACUGGACCUGCAGGAGCCCCUGGAGCUCCUGGAGCCCCUGGUGCCCCAGGACCUGUGGGACCUCUUGGCAAGCAGGGAGACAGAGGAGAGUCUGGAGCUCAAGGACCUGCAGGACCCCCAGGAUCAGCUGGUGCUAGAGGAAUGGCUGGACCCCAAGGACCACGUGGUGACAAGGGAGAGACUGGAGAGACUGGAGAAAGGGGACAGAAGGGUCACCGUGGCUUCACUGGUCUGCAGGGUCUUCCUGGACCCCCUGGUCCCGCUGGAGACUCUGGAGCCUCUGGACCUUCAGGACCGUCUGGCGCUAAGGGACCAUCUGGACCAGCCGGACCUGCUGGAAAGGAUGGAGCUAAUGGACAACCUGGCCCCAUUGGGCCACCUGGACCUCGUGGACGCUCUGGAGAAACCGGUCCAGCUGGUCCUCCUGGUAACCCAGGACCCCCUGGUCCUCCUGGUCCACCAGGCCCUGGCAUCGACAUGUCUGCUUUUGCUGGUCUGGGUCAGACUGAGAAGUCUCCCGAUCCUCUUAGGUACAUGAGGGCCGAUGAGGCCUCCAGCUCCUUGAGGCAACAUGACGUGGAGGUUGAUUCCACUCUCAAGUCCCUCAACAGCCAGAUUGAGAACCUGCGCAGCCCUGAUGGCUCCCAGAAGAACCCCGCUCGUAGCUGCAGAGACCUCAAGCUGUGCCACCCAGAGUGGAAGAGCGGUGACUACUGGGUUGAUCCCAACAUUGGCAGCACCGCUGAUGCCAUCAAGGUCUUCUGUAACAUGGAGACAGGAGAGACCUGUGUCUACCCAAGCAUUGCUAAAGUACCAAAGAAGAACUGGUGGACCAGCAAGAGCAAGGACCGCAAACAUGUCUGGUUUGGAGAGACCAUGAAUGGAGGAUUCCAUUUCAGCUAUGCUCAGGGUGGCCCUGAUGCCACUGGCGCUACCGUCCAGCUGACCUUCUUGAGACUUCUGUCUACUGAAGCAUCCCAGACCCUCACUUAUCACUGCAAAAACAGCAUUGCCUACAUGGACCAGGCCACUGGAAACCUGAAGAAGUCUUUGCUGCUGCAGGGCUCCAAUGAAGUGGAGAUCCGUGCAGAGGGCAACAGUCGGUUCACUUACAGCGUGUUGGAGGAUGGCUGCAAGAGACACACAGGCCAGUGGGGCAAGACUGUCUUUGAGUACAAAACACAGAAAACCUCCCGUCUGCCAAUCGUGGACAUUGCUCCUAUGGACAUCGGAGGAGCGGAUCAGGAGUUUGGAGUGGAUGUAGGCCCAGUCUGCUUCUUGUAAAAUGGAGUAUCACAAUGGCCCCCCGAUUCACAGGAAAUAAAUAAACUCGACCAUGAAACAUUACACACACUUCCACAAUAAAGAAGACUGGAAAUUAAAAAAAGAAAAUUGAUACUUUUUUUCUCACAACAAAGUGCUCUCCAAGUUGUUCUCCCGGGAUGUUAGCACUGAAGGGCACCGGCAAUAUCUGUACACCACACCAGCAUUCUCUGUCAACCCGCUUCCUGAGAUCCAGUCAUGUUUCCCAUGGCCCACUGUUGACGGGAAUGAGUCAGAGCCAGGAGGAAGAAGGACCAAGCAAACAAGUUAUGGAGAACAGAAACAUGACUUGAUGUCACUUAUUUAUUGUCUAACCCGAGUGGGCAGAGUUGAGGUAGGACUGGACGGGUUCACUUUUGUAAGUAACACAAGCCCCCUUUCCACUACAGAACAGCCGCACAACCUCUGUCCCAGUCCUACGCCACCUCCCUCCCUGUUUCCCUCCAGACACAUUAAUACGGCAUUUUGAAUCAGUGUAGACCAAAGAAAGAGAAAUAUUUUUAGUAAGUAAAUUCAACCAUGUGCUACAGGCCUGUCCAUCAUGAGCUGGAGCAAAAUCUUUACUGUGUAUUAUAAAUCCUUGGUUCUGUUGUUGUAAAAGUCUGUGUUUAUAAACAACCAGAUGGUUUUAUAUAUAUUUCCACAUUAUGUGUGUACAUGUGUCUAUAUGCACACCAACACUUUUUGGAAAGUGAGGUUACAUUUGAGAUGUAAGUUAAAUUUGUUUCCCAUCAGAUGGAGGCCCAUGCCUCAUCCAAAAAUAUUAGCUCUGAAAUUUUUGAGGAAAAUUGGUUUUACUUUUUUCUUCUAGUCAUCCAGAUUGUUUGAAGCUACCUCACGGUGAAAAAAACAAAGUGAAAAUGCUGAGCUGAAAUCUGAGCUGACCAAAACAUUAGCUUUCAGAUGGAUCUGGGGCUGAACGGCCAUCUUUGUUUUGGGUUACUCCCUCCUCAGAAGGUGCUAUGAGUCCCCUACCCCCUCACCUCCCAUCCUUGAUUCCCACUAGCCUCACACUACACACUCACACUCCACCCUGGAGGAAAGGUGCAGUCGGGUUAAGACAGGGGAGACAGGGGCCUCCUUCGGGCCCCCGCAGCUGAACAAGGGACUCUGGGGACAGUCGCUCAAAAACAAACCAGGGUGGGUUGUCUCUGUGUGUGUGAGGACGUGUACAUUUUUUUGAAGUAAUUUUAUUAUGAUCAUUUUUGUUUUUAUUUUGUUACACCUCUAAUUGAUGUAAAUUGGAAAAUAAAAGGAAAGCCUAAUUCAGAAUGUCAGAAUGAAGCUGAUUUUUAACUGAGUUUUGAAUAAAAACAGAAAUGGUGUG